AUGGCGGCCGCAACUGAAUCCAUGGCCGUGAAUUCCAGCAGCCCAACUCCGAACGCCCAAUGCCAGGAUUCUACAAAAGAUGCCUUCGUUGGCGAUACUCAACGCUCCGAAAUUGCGAAUGACAAGCAGAUGAGCACAAAGGAGCCCAUGGAGACUGUCGCCUUGCCUGAAAAAGGUAGAACGAGACUCGAGACAACACUAAUCAUGGGCGCUCUCUCUGUUUCCCUCUUCCUUUCCGCUCUCGACACGACCAUUAUAACUACUGCCGUUCCGACCAUUGUCACCCAUUUUAACUCUGAAAUCGGCUACAUUUGGGUCGGCAGUGCGUAUCUGCUUGGAAACGCCGCCGUCGUGCCAAUCUGGGGGAAGAUUUCCGACAUCUUCGGUCGCAAGCAAACUUUGCUUGUCACGGUCAGUGUAUUUUUGCUUGGUUCGCUUCUUUGCGCCAUUAGCCAGAACAUGGCUAUGCUCAUUGCUGCAAGAGCUAUCCAAGGCAUUGGUGGUGGCGGUACCAUUUUGCUGCCCAACAUCUGCGUGUCGGAUCUCUUCCCACUGCAUAAGCGCGGCAUGUAUUUUGGUAUACUCAGCACGGUUUGGGCCUUGGCCUCGGCCCUGGGACCUGUCAUCGGUGGCAUCUUCACUAGCAGGGUCUCUUGGCGUUGGUGCUUUUACAUCAACCUCCCCUUUGGCGGCGUGGCUCUGGCGACUUUGACCUUCUUCCUCAAGCUUCACAAUCCUCGCACGCCCAUCAGACAGGGACUUGCUGUCAUCGAUUUUAUUGGCAACCUGCUUGUCAUUGGCGGAACAGUCAUGAUUCUCAUAGGCAUUCAGUUUGGUGGUAUUCAGUACGCUUGGAAUUCCGCCACUAUCAUCUGCCUUCUCGUCUUUGGCGCCAUUGCCGUUGCACUAUUCUGCCUCUACGAGUCCAGAAUAGCGAAGUACCCCGUCAUUCCUCCACGAAUUUUCCGCUAUAGAAACAGUAUUUCCGCUUACAGCUUGAGUGUUAUGCACGCCAUGGCUUUCCUAGGUGGAACGUACUGGCUGCCGUUGUAUUUCCAGUCUGUGCUUGGAGCUAAUUCUCUCAUGUCCGGAGUGUAUCUGCUGCCAUACGUCAUAUCCUCGUCCAUAGUUUCGAUAGGCGCUGGUAUCGUAAUCAAGAAAACUGGCAACUUUCGAUUGCCCAUAAUCAUUGGUCUGUUCGUAAUGACCAUCGGUCUAGGGCUCAUGACCUAUCUUGACGAUGAGCCUCACUGGGAUAGAAUCGUUUUAUUCCAGAUUAUUGCCGGACUCGGGUCUGCUCCGAACUUUCAGGCGCCUCUCAUUGCCAUCCAGACAAACAUUGAACCUCGUGAUAUUGGCGCCGCGACCUCCAGCUACUCCUUCGCUCGUCAAAUUGGCACGUUUAUCUCCAUCUCCAUUGGCGGCGUCGUUUUCAACAAUGUCAUGAAGUCACAGCGAGAUCACCUAGCGUCCGUCUUAGGCCAGCAGCUGGCCCAGGAAUUCAGCGGCCAGGAAGCUUCCGCUAGCAUCCAGAAAAUUAACGAUCUCCCACCGAAUCAAAUCCACACAGUUAGGACAGCAUACUGGAAUGCGCUGCAAAAGAUGUUUAUUCUGUACGCUUGCGUCAGCUUUACCGGCUUGGCCAUUAGCUUCUGGAUCAAGCAAACCGUAUUAACUAAGGAACAUACAGAGCACAAGACUGGUCUUCAGUCGCUCAAGAUGGAAGACCGCCAAAAGACCAAAAAGCCCGACGAGGAACGUCCUGCUCCGGUGAAAAGCGCCAACGAUAGUACGUAA